AUGGAUAACGAAAGUUCUACAAAAACUUGCACCAGGUGCCAAUGUGUUCGACCAAAUACUGAUUUUAUUGUUGGUGAAAGUGACAUUCGAAAUCGCUGUGUAUCUUGCCGUAGCAAUACCUCACAGGCAAAAAAACGCAAGAGACAAGAAGCUAAUAAUUCUAUAAUUGAAAAAGAAAAUGCAAUUAACUUCAACAAUAUUGCCAAUCAUAUUUAUUAUGCACUUUUAGAAUAUAAAAAUUUGAACAAUAACCUUGAAGGACAUACCUCUUUUCAACUUCAAUUUGAUAUUGAUCUAUAUUCUAUUAAUGAAAAUAUCCCAAUUGAAAUUACUAAAGAAAAAAUCAGUGUAUUGCCAAUCUAA